AUGACCACGAUUGAAGCAAUCGCGAAGGCCAAGGAGGAAACCGUGCCUGGUUUGUUAGUCUAUCAGGCAGCCGAUAUUCUGACUGAGUUAUGCUCUCGAAACACGACCAAGGAGCUCAAGAAAGGCGCGGAGAUUUUCUACAGAUUGUUGAAUUCUGGCUGCGAGAAUUCUAGCGAUCCAAACCAAAUCUCAAUCCAGAUCGUUAAAUUGAUGGAAAUGUCGGCCGGCCUGAUCUACUAUCGAUUGAUCGUAAAAGACCUUGCCGGCUGGAAGGAAACCCUUCCAGCCGGCCAUUGGUCUCGGGUAUCCCAGGGGAUAUCCGGAUAUCCGCCGGGAUUUGGGGGGGAAGGGACAUCCGCACCCAAAUCCGCAUCCCCUGGCGGGUAUCCGCUGGCCCUGGCGGAUAUCCGCCAGCGGAUAGCGGAUAUCCGCAACGGAUUAUCCCCGCCCAUCUCUAGUAGUAACUAUAGCCUGACUAGAUGUUUAGGACUAUAA